AUGCCGUCGGCGCCGCAGAGAAACCGCAGCCAAUCUUUAUUCGCAGAAAGUUCGCUCGCUCCGCCAAAAAUGCUCCGUACUGAGCAAUUCCCGUGCCUUCGAUGCGGCAACUUUGGAUCUCCUUCUGGGUAAGUUUCAUCGUUUUUUGGGGCUUUCCUAUGUUUUUUCAAUGCAUUUUUUGACUGUAAUUUGUUUGUCAGGAGGUUUCUGGCAAUUUUGCACUACUUCCCUGUUCCUGAUCGUUUUGAAAACCAAAUUUGCCUCAAAAUGAAGAUUCUGGAAAGAGAUCUUAAUGAGGCCACUAAUUUGACUGCUAUAAUGGCUACUGUAAAGUCAAAGCCUUAAAGGGGCCACUGAAAAUUUUCAUUUUAUAAGAAGAUUCUACCUCAUUUUUAGUGGAAUUUUCGCGCGAAAUUUAAAAUUCAUUUUAACUUUUUAGAGAAAAAGUUUUUUUUUUCCAAUUCCAAUAGUAAAUUCCUUCCUUUUUUCAUAGAGAAACUAAUAGAGAUGCAUUUUCAGAUCCGUCCCCAUGUCGCUGCAGAAAGUGUCUUCAAUGAAUCGGUCGGCCGGAACCAAUCCGGCCAGCCGUGGAACCGAGUCUUCUCUUGAACUCGAGGCUAUCGGUUCGUGGUUAAAAAAUGGAUAAAUUCCGAGAAUUUUGGUGUAAAACUUUGAAAACUGAGGCAUUUUUGCUUUGAAUUUUUUCAGAACUUUUCCCAGAACUUUUGUCAUUUUUUCGCCCUGAAAUCAUAAGAAGAAGCUCAUUGAAAAAGCUAGGAAAAGAAAAUUAUUCACGCAAUUUUCUUAGGCUUCUGAAUUUUUAGGGAAGCUUUCAGCUCGAUAAAAAAUUUUCAAAAUUGAAAAUCAUAAGAAUCUAAUAAUUUAUGCGGAAAUAGGCUUUUGAAGGCGAAUUCACCCUUUUUAAAAUUUUCUUAGGCUUCUGAAUUUUAAGAGAAGCUUUCAACUCGAUAAAAAAAUUUUUUUAAGAUUGAAAAAAAUGAACAAAAAAAUUUUUUUCAAAUCAAGCUUGGAAAUCAAGAAAUAAUUUUUUUCAGCCGCAGUUCACGAACUAUCAUUCGCAGUGCAGUCGAUCAGCGUUUCGGAAAUGUUGCCCAGAACUCCGGACCUCAUUUUCGUCAACGUCACUACUAUUGAAGGUAUAAUAAACCUUCAAACAUAACAAAGAUUAAAAAAAAUUAACUUUUCCAAGAUUUUCCGAACUUUUUUCAAAAAUUACUCUUUUUAGAAGUCAUUAGUUCUAAUAAGAAAAAAAUAAUUUUGAAUGUUUGAGUCAAAAUUUUCAGUUCAAAAGAGAGAAUUUUGAUAUUUUUUUGGACCCAUUGACUUUUUUAGAACAUCAGAACGUUCCGGUAUAUUUUAUAUAGCUUUACAAAAAAUCGUGUUUUUCCAGAAUUCAGUAGUUCUUAAUAGAAAGGAAGAGUUAUAGUAAGAAGUUUUUAGUCUAAAAUUUAAAUAAAAUUGGAUAUUUUUGCACUCAUGGACCAUUAGGACAUCAGAACUUUCUGGUUUUUGGUACAGCGAUUGCAAAAUAAUGCAAGAAAUUAUUAGAGAAUAAUAUUUUUUGGAUGUUUGAUUGCACGUGAAUUGCGCCCCUUUUGCGUCUUUAGUCUUCGGACAGAUCAAAGCCGACUUUUCUCUCUUCUAGAUCCUUCCUUUGAUUGAUUCGCCUUUUCCCUUUUCAUUACGCUGGAAGUUGUGGAAUGUUUGGUCUUGAAUGACGUCUUCUAGAAUCUUCGGAGUCUUUAGAAUAAGCUUCUGGUGAAGAAUUUGAAUAAAAAGUCUUCAUUUUAUUCUUUUCAAACCGUUUUAAAAAGAGCUUGUAUAAAAACUUACAAAAGUCAGGAAUCUUGAAAUUUUUUACUCGACCAAAAAGAGCUUGUUUCUUGGACUUACAAGGUACUUUGAGAUCAGAUUUUUUUGCCCUAGAAAGCUUUUUGAAUGGACUAAGGAGAAGUAAACUUUUAAUAUUUCUUAAAUAAUGCUAGGUUUCAGAGCUUUUUUUAGGUCAAAAAAAUUCAUACUAAAAACAGAAUUUUCUUCAAAAAAGUGCGUCAGGGCAAUUUUUAACGCCAUAAGAGCAAUGAAUUAUACAAAAUUCGGUUUUCCCUAAAAUACUGAGAUUCAGGACAACUCAUCUAAGUCCGAAAAUUAAAAAUCUGUGAUUCCUACGAAAAAUCAGUUUUCUCGAAAAAAGCAGUCAGGGAAUUUUAGAGCACUGGAAAAAAAUGAGUUCAGACUUCCGAUAAAUAACUGAGAAUACGUUUCAGGACAGCCCUACUGUCUGGAGUUGACCCUGAAGGGAUGGCGGAUCACGUCGCUGCGGUCGGACUGCAUGGUCGGCGACUUCACGCGCCUCGACCUCUUCACCAAGUACUACGACUCGCUCUACGCUCUCAUGGACACCAUUUCGCCCGGAUAUCGGGCCCGUUUCGGCGAGAAACUCGCCCAGCGUCUCCGGCUUCUCCAGGUGAUUUCGGAGCUCGGAAAUAGGGAAGAAAUUUGGGAAUCUAAAUGGCCAGGUGUCUCAACGGGCGUAUCCCCGUGUUCUUUUAGACUAUUUGAGUCUCACUUGGGCUAAAACGGGACAAAAACGGGUUGACCCAGCUGUACUUAUUUUGAAAAUUUGAGACCCAAUUGUGCUAAAACGGGACUUCAGCUGUGUAGAAAAUUCCAAAAGUUCCACCAGCUAAACUUAUGCGUGCUCAAUACGGGCACACCCGCUGAUAGCCCAGCACGGCUUUCCACUCAAAAUCCGAUUAUCAAAAGUGAAGGAUAUUUUUGAAGGCCGGCGAAGAAGAUCAACUGGCGCCGUGCGGCAGCCUCAACUCGCCGCCGUACAGUCGCUCGUCGCCAUCGUCGCGGUCGCCGUACUCGUCCAACGAGUCUCUUCCGAUCGUGACGCCCGUCUCGACUCCGGCUGUCGACCCCGGCUUCGACAAGCCCCUCUUCUGA